GAUAAUUAGGGGGUGGAGAGAGACGCAGGCAAGUAAAAUAUGUAUUCAACAAUGGAAUGCAAAAGCUUGAGCAAAGUGUAAAUUCGAGACAUUUCACAGAAGAAUGUUAGUCUUGUGUAGGCUAAUGACUUAAUCUAAUUAUUUUCCGAUGUUGUAGAGCAAGUAGUGUUACCCGAUUGUCUGGUGUUUUGCAACUGUUCGAGUUGGAAUUAACAUUUUACCUCGUGCGUCAGGUAGGCUACGGACUACGAAUACCUGGAGAGUGAGCGAAAGAAAUGUUUGAAAAGUAAACCGAAAAGUUGGGACCUUUUUUUUCUUGUUACUGAAUAUUUGGAAUGUAGUUAUACUGUAGAAAAUGUGUACACAAUUUGUGUGCUACUGUAAAUAAAUCGAGCACCUUUGGUUUGAUUGGCAAGACCUACGAAGAGACACGAACACCUGACGCACAGUCCACCGCCGUAAGCUUGUCUACAAAUGAUUCUCCACAUAGGCUACUCCAAUGGCAACACUUUACUCUCAUGUUUUUAAUAAUAAUGAGAUUACGAAAAUGCAUUAUUUCAUACCAUUUUGAAGCUUGUUGUUCAACUUGGAUAGAUUUUGGAACUCCCUAAGAUUGAUAUUGGGAGUGCCACUGAAUCAAGGGAUGGAGUUACCUGUCCAGGGCCAGAGCCAGUGGGGCACAGCGUGGUUGGUGCUAUGGGCAUUUGCAGUGUGUGUGAGGGGUGGGUUUGUGGAGCCUCCUCCAUCCUUCUCCCUGCGUUCCUUGACGGAGGUUGAGACGCGGCUGCCCUGUCAGUUUCAAGUUCAGGAGGAGGAGCAGGUAGUUCAGGUCAGCUGGUUCAAGGAGCUACCUGAUGGCACCAAGGAACAAAUCAUCACUGCCCACCUCACAGAGGGACACACAGAGUUUGGGCGAUACUCUGGGAGAGUGAGGUUUGAGAGCAGUAGCCCCACAGUGGACUCUGCCCUGCUCAUCAUGAACACGGAGGAGUCUUAUGAGGGGAAAUACACCUGUCACAUCAGCACAUUCCCCUAUGGGAACUUUGAGAGGCAGCUGUCACUCACUGUGUGGACCCUACCAAUCUCCUCUCUGGACCCAGUGGUUCUGGAGGAGGGCCAGUCCUUCCGCAUAGCUGCCUCCUGCCGCUCCGUGGCCCGUCCUCCACCUCGACUGACCUGGGAUACGGAUCUCCCUGGUCAGAACCAGACCCGCAGCUCCGAGGGCGGGGCCGUGUCCACCCACUUCUCCCUGCACCCCCUGAGGAGUAUGAACGGCAUGCGGCUGGACUGCCUCGUCUGGCACCCCGCUCUGGAGCAACCCCGGAGGAUCAGUAACCGCCUGGUGGUGCAAUUUCCCCCAGAUGCAGCUGUCACUGGCUAUAAUGGAAACUGGUACAUGGGACUGAAGGGAGCUGAACUCAAGUGUGAGACUGGAGGAAACCCCAAACCACAGAGCUUCACCUGGACCAGGGGUGGUAAGGCCCUGCCAGACGGUCUCACUGUGAAUGGAGCAAGGCUUCUGUUUGGCCGAGCCCUGAGACAGAAUGACACUGGAGUUUAUGAAUGUGUGGUGAACAACGGCAUUGGGACAAGGAAAGUAGAAUCGAACAUCACAGUGACAGAGAAAAUUCGCAGUGUGCAGGAAACCACUGUUGACACUCUAGUGAUGAUCAUUAUAGUUGUGGCUGCUGGGGUUUUGGUCAUCGUCAUGAUCAUCAUCAUCAUCUUAGUCAACCGAUACCACAGGCGCAAAAACAGAAAAUUAGAGAUGGAGCUUAGCGAAAGAACGUUAAAAAUCAACACACUCUCCAGACAGGACUCCUCCCGGAGACUCAACUCUGUCAGCACAGACCCCAGAGGACAGAAUGAAGACUGUACACUACUCAGACUAGACAGUAGAAUGAAAAACAGCCUAAUGUCCCUUGAGGACCGUCCCAUCUACAUAGGCAGUGAAUCAUCCCUGGGUGGGAGGCGGGGGACUGUUGGAGAGGGGGAUGUGGACUACCUAGGCCGCCCUGUCCUGUACCAGUCUAGCUGGCAUGAGGGCAGAGAGAGUAUGAGGGGCGUGGAGAUGGAGGGAGAGAGGGAAGAGCGCAGACGAAGGGUGGAGUCGUACCUGAAGAGAAGCAAUAUGUCCCUGGACUCUGGCCUUCCUUCCUCCCUUGUCCCCAUCAAGCCCCAGGACCAGGAUGGCAGUGUGGGGCCCACAGACAUCCCCCCAAUGCUCAGUAACCUGUGUGGCCAGAGGGAGGGGGUGACCAAAGGGGAAGACUGGGGCCACAGACGGGCAGUGCUGGAGGUUGAUGAGGCAGACUGUGACACCAGUUCUUACCAGAUCUCAGAGGCGCUCUCCAACCACUUCCACUACAGCAACGGGUUCCUGCGGCCCAAACCACACUCCAACGCCAUCCUCCUACACCCCAGAGGACAGAUCAUCUAGACAUGAGGCUUGGCUGAAAAGGGAACUGCACUCAGCUCCACCCUAACCUAGUGGUCAUUAUACAGAAGUGAGGGUUUGGCAACAUGCUCACGUUCAUUACCAUUUGUCUUUUUCUUUUUUUAUCAGCAUUGUCUUCUUGUAUGUCCUAUGUAAACAAAAUGUACAAGCCUAAGUAGAGAUUGGACAAGAUUGCACCAUCACUUUGUAUCAACUAUAAACCCAGUCUUGUGUAAGCA